GGAACCAGAUUCACCCUGAUGCACGCCAGGAGGAGUCUCAGAAAUGGAGGCAGGGCGAGGAGUAACACUUAUCGCCAUAUGUGAUGGAGGACGACUUAUUAGCUGAUGUGAGAAGUUUGUCUUUCGAGAAUCCACUUACUGAGGAGGAGAAAGAGUUACUUUACCUUCGUGCACGCUCGGCUGGACUGACGUUUUGCGGGUGCGCGCACGCAUCUUUCCUAUGUAAACUGGUUCACUCAUUGAGAUGUCUCAUCAAAAGCCGCAGAGCAAACAGAGACUCAUUGGUACCAGGAGAAGACAGCGACCUCUGCGUUGGGAUCAUUGGGAUGGGUCACAUGGGGAGACAGUUGCUCACCUCCCUCCUUGAAAAGUCUGGCAUCAAACCAUCACAGAUUAAGAUCUCCAGUAGAACACCAGACUCUGCAGUGGAAUUUAUCCAGAAAGGAGUUGAAUGUUUAUUUGACAAUCGCAGACUGGCAGCGUGGGCAGAUGUUCUGUUCCUCUGCUCUCUGCCCUCUCACCUCCCCAAAGUCUGUGCUGAUCUCCACUCUCACCUUUCAAAGAGCUGCCUUGUGUACAGCUUCACUUCUGCUGUGCCUGUCAACAGAUUGGCACAGCUUCUAGGACACGACUUCAUUCUCAAACCACAGUAUGACUUUGUCGCCUGUGACACUGCAGAUGUGGUGCUAACCUGCACUCAUCUGACCAAGGCUUUGACAGAUCAUUUGCUUAUAAAGGCAUCGUGUCCUCUUACAAUGAGCAGUGGCAUUUAUCUUGGUCUGAGCUGGGUGUGUGCAGUAUUGUACAGCCUGCUAAAUAUCUGCACCUCUACCGGUCUGGGAUCCAGUGAUGCUCUCUCUCUUAUCAACCGAAUCCUGAAAGAGAAAUGGCCUCACGCUGUGGAUUUAAACACACACAGUUUCAUCAGUGCAUCAUCUACCCUGCUUACAGAGGAACCUUUUCCCUGGAUUUCUCUCGCUGAUGCCCAGACCAAGGAGACACCAUUGCUGUGCUUUCUAUCAAGCAGCAAAUCUAUGUAACAGUGCAUCUCUGAGACACCUGCAAAAUAAGACAAUUAGCCUACACUCUUUUGUAAAACUUAACAGUUUCUUAUUUAAGGAUGUCCACUCAGAGUAAAUGCUGUUCCUUAUGUUGCUUGGCACAUUAUAACAUGAUAUAAAGUGAUUAUUUAACUAUAAAAAAGCCUCAACAGUAUUUUUUUGUAUUUGUAUGUCAUUCAUAAUGAAUAUGAUUCAUAUAUUAAAUCAAUACAUUUGCAUCUACACAUCUACACCAUGCAGCAGUAGUUGGUAUCCUCUGGCAUACUACAAGAACAUAAUUGAACUU